ACCACGGAAAUGCUUGUUCACAUUUCCAAACUAGUCGGGCUGCACACUCUCUGCCUUAACCGUAUCUGCCUGGACAGAGUUCUGGGCGAGUUCUCUAGUCUCGUCAAGCUGGAGCAGUUAACCCUCGGGCAAUCGUAUGGCGCUAGCGAGUCUGCGCUCCUGAAGUUGUUCAAUUCCUGCCGUAAGCUUAACAUUUGGAAGGUGGAUAGGGAACUCAACUUGGACAAGCUGCUUCCCGGCAUCGUGGCCCAGGUGCGCAAGGAGAUGGCCAACAAGGCGCUGCUCCGGAAGCUACCUAUCCAGCUAAGGACCUAUUUCGUAAGCAGCAGCAUCAGGAAUUCCAUCCAGGCGCAUCCAGAUAAAGUUCCCAAAGAGAUUAUCCAAAUAUAAUUGAAGUCCCCUGUUGAUGUCAACAGUGACAGUGAGGAUGACUUUGAUACGGCAGUUAUGAAAUUAUAUGAGUCCGAUUUUGACUCUUAAGCGAUGACGAUGAGGAUUCGGAUUCCGACCCGGCCUUUGGCUACGUUUAUCAUUCGUAGUUAAAACUGUUCUUCCAAUUUCAUUUCUUUUGAUAAACACUCCAGAUUGAUUGUCAACUUAUUUAAACAUCCACUAAAAUUAAAUGAAAUAUUUAGUGAAAAAACAUAAGCCUUAAUUUU